CAAGCCCAUGGAGAGUGGAGGGGCCCGGGAGGCACAGGGGGCCCAGCCCUCUGCCCCCCGGCCACCCCCUCCCUCACCUGCUGAGCAGGCAGCCCCGGUCCCCAGUGCCCCUCGCAUCCGGCCCCGACUGGUGUUCCACACCCAGCUGGCUCACGGCAGUCCCACGGGCAAGAUCGAGGGCUUCACCAAUGUCCGGGAGCUGUAUGCCAAGAUUGCUGAGGCCUUCGGCAUCUCCCCCACUGAGAUUCUGUUUUGCACUCUUAACAGUCACAAGGUGGACAUGCAGAAGCUGCUGGGGGGCCAGAUUGGACUGGAGGACUUUAUUUUUGCCCAUGUACGUGGUGAGACCAAGGAGGUGGAGGUCACAAAGACAGAGGAUGCACUGGGCCUUACCAUCACAGACAACGGGGCAGGCUAUGCCUUCAUCAAGAGGAUCAAGGAAGGAAGCAUCAUUAACCGGAUUGAGGCGGUGUGCGUGGGCGACAGCAUAGAGGCCAUCAAUGAUCAGACCAUUGUGGGCUGCCGACACUAUGAGGUGGCCAAGAUGCUCCGGGAGCUGCCCAAGGCUCAGCCCUUCACCCUGAGGCUGGUGCAGCCCAAAAGGGCCUUUGAUAUGAUCGGCCAGAGGACCAGGAGCAGCAAGUGCCCCGGGGAGGGGAAGGUGACCAGUGGGAAGGAGACUCUUCGCCUCCGGGCCCGGGGUUCUGCCACAGUGGAGGAGGUGCCCAGUGAGUUUGAGGAGGAGGCUGCCCGAAGGGUGGAUGACCUGUUGGAGAGUUACAUGGGCAUCCGGGAUCCAGACCUGGGUAAGGGGCCAGGCCUCAACUCUGGUGGAGACAUCCAAAGAAACUCAGAGCGCUCAGGAGUUUGCGCGAGGCUUGGACUCCGUCUUGGGCGAGUUUGCCUUCCCCGACGAAUUUGUGGUGGAAGUGUGGGCAGCGAUAGGAGAGGCCAAGGAAGCCUGCGGCUAGGCAGGUCUCUGGCCCAGAACCCUGGAACCCAGGUCGGCCCCGAAACCCCAGUGCGGCCCCCGCCUGUUAGGCCCCGGCCCAAGACCCCCAGCUUAGUCCCCCAGCCCCAGGCACCAGCGCAGGCUUCGAAAGCUGGUCCCCAGAAGUCAGCUCCGCCUCAGUGCAGCUAUCAGAAGCUAGGCCAGGCUUCUGAUACACCCAAGCAAGCUCAGUCCUGUGGCCACCGAAAGCCAGCCCAGCCCUCUGGUCCACAGAAGAUGGCCCAGAUCCCUGGCUCCCAGAGGCCAUCCCAGUCCUCUGAAGCCUACAAACAAGUUCAGUGUCCUGGCUCUCAGAAGCCUUCCCAAGGCUCCAGCUCCCCCAGGUUAGCCCGAGGAACCUGCUCCCAGAGGAUGGUACAGGCUUCUGAGCCCUCCAGACAGGUUCAAGGUUCUGGUCCUCAGAAGUCAGCCCAACCUUCUGACCCCACAAAGCAGGCUCCAUCCUCUGACCUCCAUGAGCCAGCCUUGCCCUCAGGGUCCUCAAAAGAGAGCUGGCCUUCUGAGCCCCCCAGACAGGCUCAGGGCUCCGACUCAGAUCCCUAUAAUCUGGUCCAAACCUCUGAACCCUCCCAAGAGGCUCAGUGUUCUGGCCCUCAAAAACCAGCUCAGUGUUCUGACUCCCCAAAAGAGGCUCAGUUCUCUAGCCUCCUGAAGUCAGCUCAGACCUCUGUUCCCCCAAAACAGGCUCAGUGCUUUAACCCUCAGAAGCUGGAUAGGACCCUAGACCCCCAUAAAUUAGCACAGCCAGCUGAACCCCCCAAACAGACCCAGCACUCUGCCCCCCCAAAGUUGGCCCAGAUGACUAACUCCUCAAAACAAGCUCAAUCAUCUGGACCCCAGAAGUUAGACCAGGCCUAUGACCCCCCAAAACAGGUUCAGUUUUCUGGUCCCCAAAAUGUGGCCCAGCCCUCUGAUUUCUCAAAACAGGUUCAUUUCUCUGGUCUGGUAAAGGCUGCUCAACUGUCUGAUCCCCUAAAACAGGCUCAAUUCUCUGAACCCCAGAAGUCAGCCCAGUCUUCUGACCCUUCAAAACAGGUCCAGCGCUCUGCUCCCCAGAAGUUGGCUCAGCUAUCUGAUCCCUCAAAACAGGCUCGGUUUUCUGGCCCCCAAAAGGUGGCUCAGCCAUCUGAUCCCCCCAAACAGCCUCAAUUCUCUGGCCCUCAGAAAUUAGCACAGCUAUCUGACCCCCCAAAGCAGACCCAGCACUCUGUCCCUCCAAAGUUGGCUCAGACCACCGAUCCCUCAAAACAGGGUCAAUUCUAUGGUCCCCAGAAGCCAGCCCAGACUUCUGACCCUCUAAAACAAUGCCAGGACUCUACCUCCCAGAAGUUAGCUCAGUCUUUGGACCCCCCAAAACAGGCUCAGUUCUCUGGCUUCCAGAAGCCUGCUGAACCUUCUGGUCCCUCAAAACAGGUUCAAUUCUCUGGUCCCCAGAGGUUGACUCAGCCUUUGGAUCCCCCAAAACAGGCUCAAUUCUCUGGCCCCCAGAAGCAAACUGUGCUCUCUGACUCCACAAAACAUGCUCAGUGCUCUGGCCCUCAGAAAUCAGCUCAGCCCUCUGACCCCCCAAUACAGGUUCAAUUCUCUGCUCCUCAGAAGUUGGCUCAGCCCUCUGACCCCCCAAUACAGGCUCAAUUCUCUGCUCCUCAGAAGUUGGCUCAGCCCUCUGACCCCCCAAUACAGUCUCAAUUCUCUCCUCCCCAGAAUUCUGCUCAGCCCUCUAGUCCCCCAAAACAGAUUCAAUUUGCUCCCCAGAAGCCAGUCCAAUCUUCUGACCCCAAACAGGACCAGCAUUCUACCCUCCAGAAACUGGCUCAGCUCUCUGAUCCCCCCAAACAAACUCAGUUUUCUCUUCCCCAGAAGCCAGCUCAGCCCUCUGUCCCCCACAAACAGGCUCAAUUCUCUGGCUCCCAGAAGCCAACACAGCCCCCUGACUCCCUAAAAUAUGCUCAUUGCUCUGGUCUUCAGAAAUUAGCCCAGCCUUCUGACCCAAAACAGGAUCAGAAAUUGGCUCAGCUCUCUGAUCCCCCCAAACAGGCUCAGAUUUCUGUCCUCCAGAAGUCAGCUCAGCCCUCUGGCCCCCUAAAGCAGGUUCAAUUUUCUAGCCCCCCAAAGCUAGCUCAGCUCUCCGACCCCACAAAACAGGUUCCGUGCACUGGCCCUCAGAAGCUAAUUGACACCCCAAACUCCCAGAAAUCAGCACAGCCAUCUGACCCUCCAAAGCAAGCUCAGGGUUCUGAUCCUCAGAAAUUAGCUGCAACCAAUGAGUCCCAGAUGCCAGCUCCCAAACAGGUUCUGAGUUCUGGACCCCAGAAGCCAGCCCAAAUCGUUAGCCCUCUGAAAUUGGCCCAAGGUCCCAGCCCUCAGCUACAGGCCUCUGGACAAGGCCCCUCCAACCUGGGCCCCAGACCCCGGCCCAGUUCCCCCCACAACCCCACGGUCCCCAUCCCCCCAACCCGAGAUCCUCCACCUUAUCCUCCUUCAGGGCCCCCCAAAUCGCACUCUGGGAUCCGGGGGGCCACCCCUACUCCUCAGGGGUCCCUUCCUGAUCAGGGUGGGCUGUCACAAACCCCUCCCCAGGGUGGUUCUAUUCUUCUUACCCAGAGUGCCUGGGUCCCAGGGAGCUGGGGCCAGGGCCCAGGAGGAGACAUCGGAAUCCAGUGGAGCCGGGGGGGCCAGAUGGAAACAGGGGGUUCAGUUUCCUCUAGCUCUGGCCUCUGCUGAGUCUGACUCAGAGACCCGUAAGGAGAUCCAGAACUGGGGAGAGGGAGCAUCUAGGGCCAUCCCCAGGGCUCAGUCAGUUCCUUCUGCCUGUAUCUUGAGGCAUGUGGAGA